AUUUCGAUGUAUUUGUAAGUGAGCGAGUCUUACCGUCGAAGGAAACAUGGCAGAAUGUCCCGAAAGUAGUAGUGGUAGUACUGUCACAGUUAUUGAGGAAACGAGUGAGAGUCCAUUGCAACAGAGGCUUGUACUGAAACUAAAGAAACCCAAAUCAGAGAAGAAGGUGCAAUGGGAUGAAAGUGCAGUAGAUAACGAGUUUAUGGGAAAGAAAACAUCAAAAUGUUGUUGUAUUUAUUCAAAGCCCAAGAUGUUUGGAGACUCCUCAUCAGAAAGUGAUAGUGAGGAUGAUGGAUGUAAGCACAACUCUUACUGCACAGGCCACAAAAAGAAAGGCCACAGACAUAGUCAUGAUCAUAGUGACAAAGGAGAUGACCCUGCUACAUUCAAUUCCAACCCAAGUGUAAAUAGCUGAUUAUUUUGACCAAUAAAAAACAUUCAUCUGAUAUUAUUUUAUUAACAUAGGUUAUACAAUAUGUAUAAAUGUACAGAGAUUAGUACAGUAGCCAACAUUGAUGUCUCUGUUAACAGUCAGACAUGGUUCCUUCCUUCAUCUUGUCAAACAGUGCAAUUAAUUGUCACUGUAAAAGAAAAUUUAACUUGGGAUAGAAUGGGAUCAUUAAAUAAUUCAAAUUGGGACCAGAAUUGUUGAACAAAUGAAAGUUAAUGUUAAGGAGGCAGUUACUGUUGAUAAUAGGCCAUUUUUUAUAUACUAAACUUCAAAAUUGGCUGAGAGGCUUGGGGGAAUAAAACAAAAGAAGUCACACUGAGGUUAGGGUAUGAAUCAUAAACUUAUUUUGUUUUAUUUCCCUAGCCCCUGAGCAAUGUUUGAAUUUUAAUAAUAGCCUAUUAAGAAUCACCCUGAGUAAAUGAAAUAGGUGAAUUUGCUGCUGAUUUCUCUGUGAUGGUUUAAGGAAUUCCCAAUCACAAAGCUCAGAUGUCUUAAGUAACUUUUGUAAAUAGCCUCCUUGAGGUAUUUUCAAUAACACCCUUUGAAUUAAAGUUACCUUCAAUUUUGUAAUGUUACACAAGGGCUGGAAAUGUAUUUA